UCUUGUCUUUGUGUAUUAGCUAAUCUAUAUUGUUUUUCUAUCUUAUUUUUUCCCUCUCUCUUAGCUCAUAUUUCUUUAAAGAUUUCUGAUUUUUGGGUGUUUUACAGCUAAUGUAUACAUAGUGUUUAUGCUUAUUCAUUCAGCCAAGAAAGCCACUUUGCACUUCAAGAUCAUCUUUUUAUCAAAGAAAUAAGGUGUUCCUAUGUUGCUAAAGAAUCUCAUGGAGGACAAGCAACUGAAUUUAGAUCAACCGUUUCUGUCAGUAAGACGAGUCUCUCCAACAGUGACUUCUGGGAGUGAUGAGACAAAGAAGACUGAAUAUUCUCUCCCCACCGUGACUCAUCCUCCUCGCUACAAAUCAGAACUGAAAUCAGGCCCAGUGAGGAAUCCAGGAGUCGUGCCUUUCCGCUGGGAACAGAGCCCUGGAAAACCUAAGUAUGAAAGCAAACGGCAAAUUCGUGCUACUGAGAAACCACCUAUUGCCCCGAGACUUCCCCCAGGGAGGAAGCUGAAAGAUAACCAGGAUUCUAUUAAAGCUCAUGAAAGUCAAAAUGUUAGUGAAAGCCAAAUAGGAAAUGCUCAACAUUCCACACCGAAAUACAUGAAUUUGGACGAAAAGGUGAAGAAGAUUGAGAGUAUUGACUGCUCAAAAGAUAUGAUACAGGAUAUGGAAAAAUGUGAUUCAGAAGAUGCUGAUGAAGUAUAUAUGGAUGCCCCCAAUACACUUUCAAGAACUGAAUCAUUCUUCGUGAAUUGUAGUGUAAGCGGCUUAAGUGGAUUAGACGAACCAGAAGCAAAACCAUUUGGUACUUCUUUAAGAGAUCCACAAGCUAGAGAUUUCAUGAUUGAUCGGUUUCUGCCAGCUGCCAAGGCCAUCGCUUCAGAAAAGUCCUUAGAAAUGCCCCACUAUGCUCCCAGGAAGCAACCAGCUGUUCAGGAGCAACCAAGACAACCCAAGAAGGUAGUAAAUGGGGAUAAGCGGCCUCAGCUGCGUUAUGGACCUAGUUUUGCACUUCGUUAUUCCCAAUUCCAUGAUAAUUAUGAAGAAGAAAGUGAUGAUGAUAGUUGUUAUGAUGAAAAUCUACCUACUAAAGUUUGUGGAUUGUUGCCUCGGUUUUGCUUGAAAAGUUCGUUUUGUCUUAUGAAUCCUGUACCUGGAAUGAGUGCUAGAACCAGAGUACCCAUGUCUCCUGCCAGUAGAACACAGACUGGAUCAUCAUCUACCGCUUCUUGCAGUGGAUCCGAGAAUGAGCAGUCCAAAUCUGAGUCAGUGGCUGGAUUUGUCACAGUUCAUGCACAUGAGGACACAAAUGAUCGCUUUCAAGAAUUAUUUGAGUAUCAGAACAUUGCAGGUGAAGCGGAUUUAACAGCUCCUCUGGCAGAGAAAACUCUGCAAGUAGAUAUUGUACAUAAGGUGGAAUCUCCAAUUAUGAAAUCACCUCCUAAAGCGGAGAGACCAUUUAACUUACAGGAUGAGAAUCAAGAUAUUCUUAAAAAGAUGGAAGAACAAAAUCCCUCAGUGGAUUCUUCACUUAGUUAUUUUCCACCAUCAUCAGCGGAAAAAUUGAACAAUGGAGGGGAAAUGAUGGCACCGACAGCUUCUGAACAAGCUCAAGACCAUUACCAGGAUGCAGUCGCCUCAGUGAAACCCAAAGAAGAUGUUAAACGAAGUACCAGAAAGCAAACAGUACGAAAAGAAAAGUUAGAGAACUCACGCAUAGCACAUUCAAAGCUUCCUGCUCCCCCUCCUUUACCAAAAUCUCCAUCAGAUUCGUGGCUUUGCCGUACUUUGCCUUCACUGUCCACGAAAAAUCCAUCUUCAAGAUCAUAUGUUGGGACAGGAAUAAAUCCUAACAACCAAUCUUGUAAGCCACUAUCUAGUGAUCCCAAGUGGGAAACAAUUGUUAAAACAACAAAGGGACAUCAACAGCAUUUGCGAUAUACUGAGGAAAUGAUGACAUUGACACCUAUACCAGAAGCUCAAUAGAAGACCUAUUA